UCCUCCCUCCUCUUGAACCCUUUCUUCCUCCUCCCCCGCCGGCUCCAAUUCCCACACCCUUCUCUCUCUAGCUUCUCCCUAGCAUGUCCUAGAAUUAGCAUUGCUGUUGUGUUCAUCAGUCUCCAAUCCCAAAGACAUCAAUCCCAGCUGCUCAUCACUGAAUAAUUCCUCCCCCCUGUUCUGCUCCUGCUCUCAGUGCUCUGUUCUUGCUGGCUCUGCUCCUAGCUUGACCUCUUCCUCUUGCCACAGACAGAGGACUACAGCAGCUGAGCAGCAGAGAAGAAUCUUUCUCCAUUGCCUAUUUUGUUUUCUUGGUGUUUUCAUACACACACACACAGCUCAAGUCCCAGGUGGGGGCGGGUUCUUGACCAAGUUUUUUCCUCUUUGGAGUUUGCCCAUGUCCCAAGGUUUCUGGUGCAGCUUUGCCUAGCGCCUUGUUUGUCCCUCCGAAGAAAAGGUUGCAGUUUUCUCGCUACCUUUUUCUUCUCCGUCUUGCACCUUUCACCAACAAGGACGGAAGUCCCUCUGUUCCCGCGAAAUCUUGUUGGGGUUUAGGGGUUUAGAAUUCGAGACUCUCGUGGUGGAAUUGAACAGAGGAGAGCUGGAAUUGGUUUGAGCGGUGGUGGUUGAGCUCGAGGGCGCAUUACGAUGACGUCUUCCUGCAUACCCACCGGGCUGCGGCUCGACCUGGACAUGGUGAAGGCAGCGGCAUCGCCGGGGGCGCACUCCUCGCCGCUGCGGCCGGUGCACUCCUCGCCGUCGUCGACGCUCUCGGAGGCGUCCAACGCGUCCUCGUCGGCGACGUCCGUGUCGCUCAAGCGGGCGCGGGCGCCGCGGAAGCGGCCCAACCAGGCGUACAACGAGGCCGCCGCGCUGCUGGCGUCCAUCCAUCCCUCCGUCUUCCCCGUCAAGAAGAGCCCCAAGACGGCCAAGCCGCCGACGCUGGCGAGGCAGCUCUCGGGCCUCGCCGCGGCGUUCGGCGACACAUCCUCCGACCUCCUCCCGCCGCUCCCCGUCCUCGCCGACGCCGCAUUCCUCCUCCGCGGGGGCGCGCCGUCCCCGUCGCUGUUCCAGCCGCAGCCGCAGAGCCCGUCCGACGCCAAGAACUGCUCGUCCCCGACUCCGGUGAGCAGCGCUUUCCGGGAGUUCCGCGACCCGGCGCCGUCGCCGGCGAGCCCCGACACCGCGACCGGGGACGAGCCCGGCGAGCUCGACUUCGACGACGACGACGGCUUCGACGCCGAGUCCAUUCUCGACGUCGGCGACGAGGACGCCGCCGAGGGCAUCGACGGCAUCAUGGGCAGCCUCACAAUGGAGGGCAACACUACGUCCGCCACAUCCGACGACUCCAUACUGUCCAGCUCUGGCAUACACCCUUACCUCAGGAGCCUCAUGGUGGUCGGCCUCGCCGGCCGCUUCGAGCUCGGCCUCGGCUCGCGGCAAAGCACGCGGCCCAACCUCAACCGCGCACUCAAGCGGCGGGAUGACGACGGUGCAUGGUGGAUGUGGCCCGCCGUGCCGGUGAAGGACAUCACCGUCGCGCCACCGCUGCCACCAUCCCCACAACCGGCGGAGGCGUCCAACACCGCCGCAAUGCCGCCACCCGCGUCGUCGGCGCCGGAGAAGAAAAAGAGUAAGAAGAAGAAGGUGGUGAAGGUGGAGAAGGUGAUGGCCAAGGAGGAGGAAUUGGCCAAUGCCAAGUGUGUGGAGGGAGCCGAUGGAACAGUGGAUGUGGCCGACGGCAAUGUCGACGAUGACAGUGCACCGACCAAGGCACCGAAGACCGGGUUGGGGCUGAAGUUGGACACCGACGAUGUGCUCAAGGAGUGGUCCGGCAAAGGCUCCAUGUUCGCCGAGGGCAGCAUGCCGGAGUCGCCGGAGUCGGCAGCCGAAGUGCGGGCCAAACUUGCAGACAUUGACUUGUUUCCUGAGAAUGGGUCUGGUGGCAUCAGGGAAGCGAGGGUGAUGAGGUACAAGGAGAAGCGGCGCAACCGGCUGUUCUCGAAGAAGAUCCGGUACCAGGUCCGGAAGGUGAACGCCGACUGUCGGCCUCGGAUGAAGGCAAGCACUACUAGAACUGAUUCUUGAAAGAAUAAAAAGUUCUACUAUAAUAUUUGGAAGGUUUGUUAGGAGCCCAUCUCUUCUGCAGCAGGCCCUGGAGGAAGAGAUCUAGAUAUAGAGAUACUUGCUAGCCUUUUUAUGGACACCUUUUUUGGCCCUCUAGUUUCUCUCAUUAGCCAAGAGAUGUCACUGAGUGAGUGAGAAUUUUUUGUUCCCUCCCUUGUUUUUUCUUUUCAUCUUUCGGAGUUUUGCUUUGCGGAGAGAGGAUAGAGAUGCCCUUGGAGUGAGUUGCCAUGGGGAUCAGAGCAGGUCAGGACAGAUAGUUUGUUUCAGGUUUACAAUGUGAGGUAAAGGAAGGAAAUAAAGUGAUGUUAGAAUAUUA